AUGACGGUGACUCUUCCCUCGACCAUGACCGCCUGGCGGAAGCACAAGGGCAAUCCCACGCCGACUCCCUCCCAGGUCUUGGAACAAGUCCCUGUCCCCGAUGCACCGCCAUCCGGUUUCCUAGUCAAGUUACUGGCCUCAGGUGUCUGCCACAGUGAUCAAGCUCUCCUGGACGUCGAGGAUCGACCUCACUUUGACGAAAAGUACACCCUCGGCCACGAAGGAUGCGGCGAGAUUGUCAAGAUAGGCGACCGAGUCAAUGACCCAAGAUUCCACCUGUCCCGGGAUGCGGAGAAGCCCACUGCCCCGACUGCUCGCGCGACCUGUCUCAACUCUGUCCGAACGGCCAGCACCACGGCAUCGGACAAGACGGCUUCUACGCCGACUACGUGGCUAUCGAUGCGCGGGCCGCAGUCCCCGUCCCAGACGGUGAGGUCGACCCUGACGCGUGCAUGCGUCGCAAAGCUGACGACUAUCGCAGCGGUGUCCUCCGCGGCCGCCGCCGUGGCGACCGAUGCCGUGAACACCGCCUACCACGGCAUCACCCGUCGCGCGGAGGUCAAGAAAUCCGAGACCGUCUUUCUUUUCGGGCUUGGGGGCUUGGGGUUCAAUGCGCUGCAGGUCGUUCAGUCCAUCGGCGCGAGAGUCAUCGUGUCGGAUCUCAGACAGGAGAAACUGGAUGCUGCGGCGGAAAAGGGGGUUCCGCAGAUGGACAUUGUUCCGAGGGAGAUUUCCAUCCCCGAAUUUGUGUCUCAGCACGGCCUGGAGGGGAAGAUUGAUACGGUGCUGGACUUUGCCGGCACGAAUCAGACGUUCCGUGACGCCCAGCAAAUCGUACGCCGCGGCGGUAAAAUUCUCUGCGUGGGAACGCUGGACCGAAAGAACGAGUUGGACAUGAAGAUCGGGAUCAGGAAACGGCUCAGCAUUAUCUUCUCCUACGGCGGUCAAUAUGAUGAUCUGGUGGAGGUGCUGGAUCUGAUUGCCAAGGGCGUGAUACAGCCGCAGGUUGAAACCAAGGGACUUUUGGAGUUUUCCCAGGUCCUGAAAGAUCUCUGUGAUGGCAAGAUCAAAGACAGGGUUGCUUUGACAUGCCAGUAG